GAGCUGCGCGUCGUGACUCUGGAGGCGCCCACGGUGUUUUGUCGAGCUGGACUCUCAGUCACAGGCGCAUCCUGCCUCUAUCUCUCCACGACUGAAGAGUCACUUCAUCCACAGGGGGAGGGAGCUAAGAGCCUGGCAAAAAGGAAGGAGGGAAGCAAAGAAGUCAAGGGACACUUUUUAAUGGAGCAGCAACACGUGGACCUUGGUUUAGUCUUCUUUUGGAUUCGAUCUUCAUUUAUUACCUACUGACCAUCAAGUUUCCAUCGAGCCUGGGUCGUGUUGUUUCUUUCUGUACAGAUUAAUUCAUGUUUAUAUUAUAUUUAUAUAUAUAUUAUAUAUAUAUAUGUUUAGCAAAGUCUGAGUCGUCGUGCUGUCUUAUGUGCGGUGUUGGGAUCACUGUGCUACAUUUCCCCAUCUGAUUGGGGAAAAGGCUGUAGGGAAAGGAAAAAAAUGGAAAGACUCAAAACGACGAGUUCACAGACGGGAUGGAAACUUUUAAGGGAGUCGCUGCUUCUGUGCCUUUUUGCCGGCCAUGGAGGGGCUCAGUGCAGUGGCUGUGUUGAGUACUGCUGCGAUGGAGUGCCUCCCUUCUGCUGCUCAUACUAUGCCUACAUGGGGGAUGUACUCUCGGGAACGGCUAUUUCAGGGAUCGUGUUUGGAGUAGUCUUUCUGAUGGGAGCUGUGGCAGCCAUAUUUUUGUGCAUUUGCAUGUGCUUGAAGAAUGGCCGUGGAGCCAGAGUGGGCGUCUUCAACACAUCAUACAUCAACACAGUGACUCAGGGCUAUCCAGGACCACCACCUCCCUACAGCUUUGACUAUGAAAUGUAUCCCCCAGAUCUUCAACCUCCUCCAUAUACCCCAAGGCCUCCAAGAACAGCAAACUACUCCCCACCCCCACCUUACCCCGGCUACAAUCAAAAAUAAACGUUCGUUAUGCCCACACUUGAGAAGUGGGUUGGAAAACGCUACUUAUGAUAUACAGAGCUGCAUUGGACAGAAUGACAAUGUUACAAAAUAUUAAAAGUUGCCUCUGGUACAUUGUGAGUAAGAAAAAUAACUGAACUCUGGGAUAUUGUGUCUGCAUCCUGUACAUUCUUAUGGCCCAAGGCCUUUUUUAAUACGAUUUAUAUUAAUGGGGAUGUGGAUCAUUCCCAGUGUUUGUAUACGUUGACUUUUUUAAAUGGUUUGUGUGUACAUUUGAAGGAAUAUGCAGGUGGUCUAUGGACACUUGGAUUACUCUCUGACACAAAAUGUAGAAGCAAUGUCAUGGAUAAAGCCAUGCUCUGUUUUGGGAUUAUGACUCGAAGAACAGUUGUAUCUAUUUCAUGAUGAGCCAUAUUGUUCACAUGCAGGACUUUGUACUUUAAUAUGUGAAUAGAAACCAGAUGAUAUUGAUGUCAAAAGAGUAUAAGCCUGUGAAAUUCAAUGAAUACAAUGACUGUGAGGAAGUAGCGGCUCAGUGGUUAAGGAUUUGUUCUACUGAUCAGAAAAAUGAGCAAGGCCCUUAACCCUCAACUUUUCAGUUGUAUCUUGUCUCAAAUGUAAGUCGCUUUGGAUGAAAGCGUCAGCCAAUUAGCAAAAUGUGACAAAUGUAAUUGAUUGAGUGGUGUGCUCAUAAAGAGAAUAGAAAACAAAUGAACUUUUUGUUAAACUCAUUGGGCUACAUAAAUAUACAAUGAUGUCAGGAGUAUUGGCACCCAUAGUAAUAAAAAUGGUUUUGUUGUUUAUCUUAAACUGAACAUAUGAGAGAAAUAUAAUCUUUCAUGUCAGGUAAGAUAAUUUAAAGAAAAAGAAUAAACACCCUUUAAAUCUGCGUGAACAGAAUGUAUUUUCCAUGUAUUCUCAUUCGUGUUUAAAUGCUAAGCAUUUCAUCCGAUACGCCUUUGUGGAUGGACGGUUGUGUUUGUGGGGGUUACCAAUGUGACUAUGUAUUUCCAGAUUCGAUGCCGAGAUGCCUCAGCACUCAUGGAUGAAUCAUGUCCUUCUGACACAAACGGUUGUUUUUUUUGUUUUUGGUUGCAUUUCAGCACCAAUGUGGCCUGCACUGUAUCCUGCUUAACUCCAUCCAUCAACUAUUGUGAUUUCUGCAACCCAACUUAAUAUGUUUAGUUUGCAAAUGAAUUGGCUACUAAUUUUCCCCGAGCUCUUCACUUCAUUGCUCUGUUGCAUUGUUGCUAGCAGCUAUGCCCAUUGCCUUCUCUACUUCUGAUUCAGUAAAAGCACUC